AUGGCGGUCCAAGUCCCGACCGUGCCGAGCCACGCCGGAGUUCAACCAGGUCCCUCUUCACGAAUUGGCACCACCGAGUCGUUCGACCCGUACUACAAUCCUCCUGGAAACAGGUACUCCAACUACAAGCCACUUGGGUGGAAGUGUCGCUGUGGUGAUCAUCUCUACAACCCUUAA